UCCGCGUAUAAGCUAACGCACGUUAUCAUUUAUUUAUGGCGGACUUUGAUGGUGAAAGUUGCGCCUGCAGUUCUGCUUUAUUUACAAACCUGAACGGUAGCCCUCUUGAAUUCUAUAUUGCACCAGGACCGGAGAAAGCAAGGCUGAAACCACUUAUUAAGCGAGGCGGUGGUGUGCUGACCAGCAGUUUGAAUGAUAAAUGUAUCAGGCUUGUGACAGCUGCUGGCGCUACAACAAAUGGUCUUGUGCAUGUCAGUUAUGUAACAGAUUGUGUUAGAGAGAAUUGCUUAUUGCCCAUAAAAGACUACAAACGAGCUAAACAGACAGAAGGCAAGGGGGAAGAAGUGGGAAGUUCAAAAAUGUGCGCUUCAGCUGCUGUUACUACGAAGUCAAGUGCUUCGAAAGGACGGCAGCAGUACACUGGUGCAGAAGAUAAAGCAAUUGAUGACUUUGUAAAGGCCCAUGCUGGGCUUUAUGAGAGAAAAAUUGGUGGCAUAGAACUAUGGAAGGAGAUGGAGUGUAGGAAGAUCACAACUCACUCAUGGCAGUCAAUGAAAGAUCGUUAUCUAAAAUUCAUCAGAAAGAAGCCAAGUACUGAUAAGGAACAGCAAGAUAAACGGAAGAACCCUGUUGCAACUGUUUCAGAACAUCCUGAAACUGUUAGUUUAUCUAGUGAAUUACAUAACAAUGAAAUUGCUUCGGCUACCUGUGCUAGCCCCCACUCCCAACCUGCUCGAAAAAGAAGGAAAAAGACUAGAAUUGUCCAGGAGUUACCAGAUGUUGACGAGAGUGAUGAUGAUCCUUUCAGCGAAUCUAUUCUUCAAGAAAAACCAGGAGGAUCAUUUGUACAAAGAAAUGUGGUGCAGAAGUCUACAGAAAUAGACAAUGAGGUGCAGACCAAUGAUUUGAAUAGCAGCUUUGACGAAAAUUUGCUUGAGAUAGCUGCAGAGACCAGUCGACAUGCCACCUGCCAAACACUUCCGCAACAGAUGGAUGAUUCUGGUGUAGAUGAUGCAGAAGAUCAUUCUCAUCAGCAAGAUGAGUUGUUGCAUGACCAGUCAGAAAGUGUUGAGAAUUGUUGGACUAAAAUUGUUGAGGAUAUAAUGUCGUCUGAGAAAUGCUCGUAUGUUGAAGUGUUUCGUGCGUUAUACUUAAUGUCGGGUAAUAGACAUGAUGCUCUUCAUUACAUCAGAUAUGACUGCUCCCGUCUUGGAUGGCCAGCCUGGACACAAGAGGAAGAUGCUGUGCUGAUGAGUACAAAUGAACGUCGCAUUCGAAAGCUAUACCGUCUGCGCUCUCAACUAGACAUUCAGAGACGCAUUUCUUUCUUAGACAGUUAGUUCACUCGUGCUGUGAGUCUACUUGACAGUUGAGAAAGUAAAACAGUUUGUUGUAGGAUUUAUAGGAUACUGAGGGACUGUUUGCAAAUAUUGAGAUGUAUAGUUUGAUUUGUUCCUAUAGACAGAUGACUAAGGGACCUGGUCCAAAAGCCAGGAUAAGCA